GAUUGGACAACUGAACUGACAGUUUUAAACUACUCCAGUAUUACACAUAACCUAACCUUGAUUGAUAAGUGUGAUUGUUUAUUAGUGUUUACUUGCAAUACUUUGUUUUAUUAGACAAUCGAUACUCUGCGGAUUUUGUCAUAAAAAUAUUCUACUACAUUUAUAUUAUUGUUAAAAAUGCAAUCAUCGUGUGUCGGAAACUGUGCAAUUUUACUACAUUAGUGGAAAGUGUCUGUAGGUCAUAUUAAAUAUAUGGUUGAAACUUAAUUCUCCUAUAUUUUGAAGACAUCAAUAUGACGAUAUCAGAAAUAGUAACUUCACUAGGGGAUAACCCUUAUUUUGGUGCUGGAUUUGGGCUGUUCGGUGUUGGGGCUGCUGCAGCAGUUUUGCGCAAAGGUUUACAGGGGUCAUUAAUACUCUUGCGAAGACACUACAUGAUAACUUUGGAGGUACCUUGCAGAGAUAAAAGUUAUCAAUGGCUUUUACAUUGGAUAACAGUCAGAGGUGCCCGAAAAACUCAACAUCUUAGUGUAGAAACCAGUUUUGAGCAACACGACACUGGACAUGUAAAAACAAAAUAUGACUUCAUACCAAGUGUUGGAACUCACUUUUUUAAAUAUCAGGGUACAUGGAUAAAAGUUGAAAGAACAAGAGAACAGUCAACAAUAGACCUGCACAUGGGAAUACCUUUUGAAACUGUCACGCUCACAUCAUUUGGAAGGAAUAAGCAACUCUAUUUUAAUAUUUUGGAAGAAGCAAGACAGAUUGCCUUGACUGAAAAUGAAGGUAAGACUGUUAUGUACAUUGCAAUGGGAGCAGAGUGGCGGCCCUUCGGACAUCCAAGAAAAAGACGUCCUCUCAAUUCUGUUGUACUGGAUGAAGGGAUAACGGAGAGAGUCGUCACGGACAUUCGAGAGUUUAUAAGCAAUCCCAGCUGGUAUACUGAAAGAGGUAUACCUUAUCGUCGAGGAUAUCUGCUGCAUGGGCCACCGGGAUGUGGCAAGUCAUCGUUUAUCACUGCACUGGCUGGAGAACUGGAGUUCGGAAUCUGUGUGUUGAACCUGAGUGAGCGAGGGUUGAGUGAUGAUAGGCUGAAUCAUCUGCUGAGUGUGGCUCCUCAAAACACGAUUAUCCUGCUGGAGGAUAUUGACGCAGCCUUCGUCAGCCGGCAAGAGUCCAAGCAAGUGUCAGCAGCUUACGAGGGCUUGAAUCGUGUAACUUUCAGUGGUUUAUUGAACUGUCUGGAUGGUGUUGCAUCAACAGAAGCCAGGAUAGUUUUCAUGACUACAAACUACAUAAACAGGCUAGACCCUGCCCUGAUCAGGCCUGGACGUGUGGAUGUGAAGGAAUAUAUCGGUCACUGCUCUUCCCACCAGAUACAGCAGAUGUUCUACCGCUUCUACAAGACUGCGGACAUUGAUGCCGCUCAGAAACUGUCUGCUGCUAUCCUAGCUCAUAGCAAACCUGUCUCUGCUGCUCAGAUUCAGGGCUACUUCAUGUUGUACAAGCACAGUGCUCCUGACAUCCUUAUCAACAAUGUGUCACGUAUUUGGGAGUUGGACAGUCAUCUGGGUGAAAAUUCUGAAACUAAACUUUCUGUGCAAAAUGUCUGAAUAUCAAGAAUUAUGGAGUCCCUGGUAGACAUUCAUUGUGUCCUCAGAGAAUUUGAAGUUCAUAGUUGAUAAACAGUGAGGAAUUUUGAUUUGUGCAACUCCUUUUUCAUUGUCAGAAACCGUCCAUUUGGGAUAAUGGCCUACAUUACUGAAAAAGUGAUCACAGCACAGUUGGUACAUGAAAACGAGUGAAGGCUGAAAUGUCCAAAAGGGAAGUAAAGUUACUGUCUUGUUUUGUUUUUUCUUGAAUGUGAGACAUUAUUUGAGUUAACUCGCUUAACCUAAAUAGCCCAGAUUUGCCAAUGUUAAUUACCAUUAUUUUGUUGUAGAAGAUAAAAUCUUUGGUAGUAAUGACGAGAUUAAAUUUUGUAUUAAUAUAUAGUAACCCUUUGGAGUUUUUUAUUGUAGAUAAAAAUCCGUUCCAAAAUGCUGUGGUAGUAGUAGUUUAGUAUUAGGAAGUUGUAUAGGUAAAUAAAACAAUAGGGUUACAGUU